AUGUUCAACCAAUCCAGCACAUUACCUAUCGGUGAAACUACAAAUAAACCUACAGAUAGACAAAUUGAAUUAAAUAUAGAUACGGAUGAAGACACUGAUAAUGAAUCAUCAGACAUAACAAAUGCUGAAGAUUGGGAAAGUCAAUUACAUAACUGGGAGGAAAUGCUAAUGGAUAAAGAGGUUGCUAGACUAGAGGAAGAAGAAGAAGAGCGAGACAAUUAUGAUA